AUGGCGCCUGAUCCAUCACCGGACGACACCCUUGGGAACAGUUUAAUUCCUAUUGUCAACAAGUUGCAAGACAUCUUCACUCAAGUGACGGUGGACCUGAAACUCGACCUGCCGCAAGUUGCUGUGGUGGGCAGCCAAAGCAGCGGGAAAAGCAGCGUUCUGGAGGCCCUGGUCGGCCGGGACUUUCUCCCCCGUGGAAAUGACAUCGUCACGCGACGGCCGCUGCUUUUGCAGCUCAUCAAGACCGCUCCAGGCCCCUCCGGUCGGCCGUCCGAGUGGGGCGAGUUCCUCCACGCCCCUGGAAAGAUGUUUUAUGACUUCGACCGCAUCAGGCAGGAGAUCCAGCAGGAGACGGACAGGCUGGUGGGAGCCAACAAGAACGUGUCCGACAAACCCAUUCGCCUCAAAAUUUUCAGCCCGCGCGUCCUCACCAUGACAUUGGUAGACUUGCCGGGCUUGACACGCAUUCCAGUGGGCGACCAGCCAGGGGACAUUGAAGCGCGCAUUCGGGAGAUGGCGCUCGAGUAUGUCCGACGACCCAACUGCGUCAUCCUGGCCGUCUCUCCUGCCAAUGUCGAUCUGGCCACGUCGGAUGCUCUGCAGCUGGCGCAAGUGGCAGAUCCUGAAGGAGUGCGGACCAUUGGUGUUCUUACCAAGCUGGAUAUCAUGGAUCGAGGCACCGACGCCGCGCACAUCCUUCGCAACGCGCACAUUCCCCUGCGGUUGGGCUACAUCGGAGUGGUGCUCCGGGCGCAGGCGGAUAUUGCCGCGGGGCUGCCCAUGCCCGAGUGCAGGAAGCGCGAGGAGGCUUUCUUCGCGUCCCAUCCUGAGUACCGCGACGUGGCGGCGCACUGUGGUGUGGGUAACCUGGCGCGUCGCCUGAACGUCAUCCUGAUCGAGCACAUCCGGGGGCUGCUGCCGGGGCUGCGUCGCCGCAUACAUGAGGCGCUUGAGGCUCGGCUAGGGGAGCUGCGGACGCUCGGGGAUCCGGAGCCUGUGCAGAGCAGGAGUGCCAAGGGCGCGUACCUGCUGCAGCUUCUGUGCGACUAUGCCGAGCGCUAUGCCGCUAUGCUUGACGGCCGUCAUCUGGAUCUCAACAUGGCCCAACAGCUCAGCGGAGGAGCGCGCGUGCGGGCAGUGUUCACGGAGCAGUUCCUGCCGGCGCUGGACGCGGAGGUCUCGACCGUCAUUCGCAACGGGGCGGGCGUGUCGGGCAGCCUCAUGGUGCCGCAGGAGCCAUUUGAGCUGCUUGCGCGACGGGCGGUGCAGCAGCUCAUGGGGCCGUCGCUGUCCUGCAAGGAACGGGUUCACGAGGAGCUAGUGCGCAUUGCAGAGGCGGCCUGCCCGCUGGAGACGUCCCGGUUCCCUCAGCUUCAACGGCACUUGGCUCACGCGGUCGUGGACUUCAUUCGAUCGGGAGCUGCCCCCGCGGAGGCCAUGAUCCGCUCGCUGGUGGAGUGCGAGUGCGACUACAUCAACUGCGACCACCCGGAUUUUAUUGGCGGGCGCGGAGCAAUCCGGGCGGUGCUGCAGGAUCGCGCCGCUCGCCAGGCUGCCAGCUCCGGGCAGCGCAAGGAGGCGGCCGAGGGAUCGGGACCGGCCGCAGCCGGCGCCGCGGGCGGGGCCGUGUCUGGCAUCCUGCCACGCAAGGCCCUGACGGCGCUGGAAAACGGCAACCGGCUGACCUCGCCGGCGAUAGGGCUCAAGGGACUGCCGGAUCCAGGCAACUCAUUGGAUGAUAUGCUGUUGCCCACGGUCGGCCGGCGGCGUCGCAGCGAGAGCGAGUCGGACAUCGUCGCCAUGGGCGCCGGAGGCAGCGGCUCAUCCGCUGCAGCCGCCGGCACCCUAUCAUCGGGCUGGUUCAGUUGGCUGCUCCGAGACCGGCCGGAAAGCGGCAUCGGCGCGCACGCGGGUGGGAGUGCUUCAGGGAUGGGUGGCGUCGGCGGUGGUGGAGCUGGCGGCGUCGGCGGAGGCGGGUCUGCAAUGGUGAUGGGCAUGGGGCGCGGUGGCGACGAGGGUCUGGCUGUAGCGGCGGCGGCGGCGGGCGGGAGCUUAGGACCGCUGCCUGCCUUGCUGGCGAGACAGCUGGCGGGUGGGUCGGGCCGCUCCCGGCUUACGGACAGUGAAUUGGCCGAGGUGGAGGUAGUGCGGCGGCUGGUGGAUUCCUACUUUGCCAUCUCGCGGAAGAACUUAUCGGACCUGGUCCCCAAGACCAUCAUGCACUUCAUGGUACACUAUACGAAGCGCGGUCUUCAGCAGCAUCUCAUCAAGGCGCUCUACAGGGAUGACCUGCUUGACUCGGUGCUGACCGAGGCCGACGAUGUAGUGGCACGGCGUUCUGCGGCCAAGGAGGCAGUAGCGGUGCUGCGGGCGGCAGUGGCGGCGUUAGAGGAGGUGCCAAACGAAAUGCUGAUGGGCGCAGGCGGCCAUGGCACCUCCAAUGGUCCCUCCGCUGCCGCCGGCAGCGGCAGCGGAGGGCUGAGUGCCAACCCGUUCACGGCGGCCGUGGCGGCGGCGGCAGACGCUGCCGUCGCUGCUGCCGCCAGCACGCAUUCCGAGGGCAUGCCGGGCUACCUUCUUGGGAACGGUGUCGGCGUGAUGGGCACGGGGCACGGGUCGCUACCGCCGGUGCCGUACACUGGCGGCUUUGGGAGCCCAGGGUACGGCGGUGACGGCAUCGAUCGUAGCCAGUCGAUGGUAGCGGCUGCGCACAUGGCGGUUGUGGCUACCUCCCAGCUUCAGCCAACAGCGCUGCGGACGCUCGAGGGCUUGUAA